AUGGCGAACAGAAGCUGUGGGACGUGCAGGGGUACGUUUCAUCUCGGGAAACCACCUGUUCGAGCCUCAGCAUCUGAAGUCGCCGACGAUGGCUCUUACAUCGCCGGAUCCUCUGCGAUCGGACUUUCCCAAUAUUCCAACCGCAUCUGUAAAGGCUACAGUAUUCGGUUGUCGUGGCCAAAGGCAAAUGUCAAGCGGCGAGCGGUCGUGGCGCGCUCAUUGCUGCAACAGAGGAGCACCGGACACCGGUUCUCUGAUGCACGACUAGUCAAUGCAUCCACCUGGGAUAUUGAGAUGCAUCGUCAUCUCUCGGGUGUAGCAGUGAAUGGUGGUGCAGUCCACUGUGGAGACUUCUGCGAUCAGCGAGAGGACAGGAAUAGUGACGCCUUGUAG